AUGCUACAGAAUAAUAACCAAAAAAGAGAGAUUAUUUAGGCCUAUUUGGCAGUAAAUAAAGGAAGGCAGUAAUAAUAACAAUUUGCGCUAUUUAGCCACCUAAAAACACCGCAAGGAAAUAUCUUUCACCGUGAUCAACUCUAUUUUCACGACAAAAAAAAUGCACAUAACAUUACAUCGCAGUAUAUUAGGUCACAUGUCUUUACGGGAUGUGUGAACGCACGCACAGAUUCCAGAAAAUCACUGGCAGUGCGAAUGAAGAAAAUCUAAGGAUCCCGGGACAAAUUCCUGGACAGAUUUUCCGUGUAUAUUUCAGGAUCUGUGUGUGAAAAGGGCUAGAUUGAUCUUUAACUCCGGUACACAUGCAGUAAUAUUAGUAGGAAUGUUGUUCAUACACUCAAAAGUUGACUAUAGUAAAAGUGUAGUGCACAUGCAGUGAUUAUCAUGUGUUUCACUACAACUACUGUAAUGACGCUGUGGUGACUGAACCGUGAUCAAGAGAAUGAUGAUGAUGAGUGCUGGAUGUGAAAUUUCUUUGUGUGGUUUCAGUGGACAUCAUUGAAAGUGUUGUUGAGUGAGCACAUUGUGAAAGGAAUUCUGAUUUUCAGCUCGUCCGGCGUGAUAUCGCUCAGUUUGAGAAGAACCAGAAGAGCAUCUCUCAUGCCGGAGACGGAGCUUUACUCUCCAGCGGUCAUGUGAUGAGCGCACAUGACAGGGAACAGAGAAUACAUGGAGAACAUCCGUCUGCGUCUGGAGGAAGACUCGACUGCACGAGAGCAGAGAGAGAUGCGCAGACGUCGAGCUCUCGUAGAACAACUGCGAGCACAGCAGACUCGACAGGAGGAGAUACGAGAGCAGCAGAUGGUGAAGAGAUUGAUGCGUCAGACGCAACAGGAGAAGCGAAUCGCCGUCCAGCUGAUGCAGAUCAAAGGACAGAAGGAAAUCCUGCGACAGAACCGCAUCUUCCAGGAGAGACUGAACCAGGAGCGACGCCUUCAGGAUUUCCAAGAGGCUCUGGACAGAGAAGCAGUUCUGCUGCGAGUGGAGCGUCUGGAGCGCAGCGAUGAGAUUCACGUGGAACGCCAGCUACACAAGCGACUCGCCGCCGAACGCGCUCAAGCUCGAUAUCGCAAACACUUCCACAUCUGUAGAGGGAUUCUGGGACAGAUUGUGGAUCUGAGCACCAAAGUCGGAGAAUAUCGACUCCUCACAGACAAUUUGAUCCUGAUGAAGGUGAUGAAGGAAUGGAUGGAGAUGUUUCUCAGUGGGAAUCCUCUGUAUGAAGUGGCCAGCGUGGAGCCGCUUCCCGCAGAACCCACAGCAGAACAGAUCAUUGAACUUCAGAAACUUCAGAUGCUCAAUGAUCGAGACUAUGAGCAGUAUGUGGGUAUGACGGGUGAAUGGGUUUGGAGUGAAGAGGGAGAAGAUGGAGCGUCUCGUCUGAAUGAUGAUAUUCUGGAUCAUGUGGUGAAGCGUCUGAAGAACAUGAUUCAGAUUCCCAUCAGCUGCUCUCCCUCACCUGUGUUCCCUCGCUUUACCAUCAGAGCGUGUGUGCUGGGAAAAACACACACGGGCAAAACCAGCUGCCUUACCACCAUCACCAACGUUCUUGGUGUCCGUGUGCUUUCGGCCGGCGCUUUGAUUCAGGACGUCCUAACAGCCCAUCAGCAGGAAAAACAAACCAGCUGGGAGAGAUCUCCAGCUGAGGGUCUCGAGACGCCUCCGAGAGAUCAACAAGAGAUCUCCUCACCUCUCAACUCUGGACCCCCCGCUCAUGAUCCCGACGCAUCAGGACCCGUUCAAGAAUGAGAGGACACAGAAGAUGGGAAAGAGCUCCUCCUCCUCCAUCUCUUGAGCCCAGUCCUCAACUGGCAGCGGAGGAGAACCCUGAGGAGGUGAAGAGGAGAGCCACGAGGAGACGAAUCCGUCAGGAGUACAUAGCCUCUCUCAAACAUGAAGGUUCAGGGUGCUUUUGAGCGUGGUCGUCAGGGUGUUGCGAUGCGGUUGCUAAGGUGUUGUGUUGUGUGAAGAUGCGUCUGGAUGUGCUGAAGUCACACGCUGUGAGAACGUUGUGCAGCCUGCAGCGGAACACACAAGAGCUCUACACGAACACGCAGGAGUGGAUGGAGACACGUUACCUGUCGGAGAUGAGCAGGUCUGAGCAGGAUUCAUCUGAAAGGCUUGUGUUUUCAGUGUGUUUUCAGUGUCGAGCAGCUGACAGAGUUGGUUCGGCGGCACAUCGAGAACGGCCUUCAGAUCCGUCACGAGCUGGUGUUACACGCUGCUGAUUUCUGUGUGGACGGAGACACGUGUGUGUUGGCCAGCGCCAUGCCCACUCCCCCCCCCCCCAUCUGUGUCCGGGGGGGGGGGGUGAUAAUAACAUACAUCCAAACUGUGUUUACAGACAUUUUCAAUUUGUUAUGACAGUGUGAAUUGUUGCAAAGCAGAUUUACAGGAAACGUAUUUGAGAGAACAGUAUGCACAAAAUAAAAAAUACU